UGAUUUUUCUGUCAAGACAAAGUUUUUCGAAUUUGUAUACAAAUUUUUCUUAUAUUUUGUUUGAAUGAACAUGAACAUGAAGUGCAUCAAGGCAUCCAAGUUGCUGGGUCUAAGAAGUUUUAUGAAAUUCUUAAGAUUUUCCCAUGAGAAUGUAGUGCGACCCGAAAUGCAUGUUGUUACCGGCGAAAGCUUCAAUAAGGGCCUAGCUUUUACCAUGGAAGAGCGUCAAAUUCUGGGCGUUCAUGGCUUAUGGCCUUGCUCCUAUCGCACCAUACAUGAUCAACUCUAUGCAGUGAUGGCAAAUUUUAAUGCUCGAAGUGAUAACAUUGGUCGGUUUACAUAUCUCUUGUCUCUGAGUCGACGACAUCAACGACUGUUCUUUCGUUUUUUGCGGGAACAUCUGGAGAAGGUUAUGCCCAUAGUAUAUACCCCGACUGUGGCCGAUGUUGUGAAUGCCUAUGGCCUAUUAUUUCGUGAUCCCACGGGUCUAUAUGUGACCAUUUUCGAUCGUGGUCAUAUAAUAGAUGUUCUGAAAAAUUGGCGAGCAGAAAAGCAAGUAAGAGCGGUGUGCGUUUCGGAUGGCGGUCGUGUCUUAGGUCUUGGUGAUAUGGGCGCCAGCUCUAUGGGCAUAUGUGUGGGUAAAAUGGCUUUAUAUACGGCUCUUGGUGGUGUGCCACCGAAUCAAUUGCUUCCCAUUGCCUUGGAUGUGGGCACCGACAAUGAGGAAUUGCUAAAUGAUCCGCUCUAUGUGGGAGCCAGAACUAAACGUGUUCAAGGUGAUGAGUACGAGGAGUUUGUACAGGAGUUUGUCGACGCUGUCCUGGAAUGCUUUGGUCCAAACACAUGUAUUCACUUUGAGGACUUUGCCACGCCAAAUGCAUUCAAAUUCUUGGAAAAAUAUCAGCGAUCAUUUUGCUGUUUCAACGAUGAUAUUCAGGGUACUGGAGCAAUGAGUCUUGCUGGAUUUUUUAACGUGGAACGUGUGGUCCAACGUAAAUUGGAAGAUCAUGUUUUCCUUUUCGCCGGCAUUGGCAGUGCCUGUUUGGGUAUAGCAAAUAUGCUAUUGAGUGAAUUAAAGCGACGCGGUUUGAAGCAAAAGGAUGCAUGUCAAAAUAUUUACAUGAUAAAUGAACAUGGCCUGCUGAACGAUGCUUUGCCCGGCUGUGUAAAUGAGGCAAGAAAGUUUGCCAAGCCACUGGACUGUGUGAAACUUGAUGAAGCGGUAGAGCAAUUAAAGCCAUCGAUUUUAGUUGGAGGAUCAUCAGUUCGCGGCCUGUUUACAGAGGAAGUUUUGCGUUUAAUGGCCAAGUAUAAUGAGAGGCCGGUCAUAUUUGCCCUAUCCAAUCCCACGAACAAGGCAGAAUGUACAGCUGAACAGGCCUAUCAAUAUACUGAGGGUCGGGCCAUCUUUUGCGGCGGUUCACCAUUUCCACCCGUAACAUAUAAUGGCAAACGUUUGCAACCUGGUCAAGCCAACAAUUGUCUCAUCUAUCCGGGCUUAGCUUUGGGUGCCAUUUCAGCCCGUGCCAGCUAUUUACCUAAUGAGGUAUUUUCAGUGGCCGCCUCAACGAUAGCCAAAUUUACAUCGGAGGAGAAUCUUAACUCCGGGAAUAUGUAUCCCUCUAUGAGAGACGCCAAUGAGGUUUCAUUUCAUGUGGGCGUAAGUGUGGCCGAAUAUUUAAUUGAAAAUGAUAUCUCCAAUUUACGUCCAUUACCGGAAAACAUCUGUGAAUAUAUGAAAAAUCGUCAAUAUAGUCUGGAUUAUGGUAAAUCCUUGCCGGAAACCUGGACAUUCCCACAUUUUCCUGUAUCGUAUCAGAAGUGAAUAAAAAUUUCAAGUAAUGAAUACUAACUAAAAAUA